GGGAGUCAGAGCGGGCGCCUGACCCGGCAGCCGGCUGCAGCGGGAAGAUGGCGGAGCUGCGCGCGCUUGUGGCUGUCAAGAGAGUGAUCGACUUCGCCGUGAAGAUCCGAGUGAAGCCUGACCGGUCGGGUGUGGUCACCGAUGGCGUGAAGCACUCCAUGAACCCCUUCUGCGAGAUCGCCGUGGAGGAGGCCGUGCGGCUCAAGGAGAAGAAGCUCGUGAAGGAGGUCAUCGCCGUCAGCUGCGGGCCUGCCCAGUGCCAGGAGACCAUCCGCACUGCUCUGGCCAUGGGCGCAGACCGAGGCAUCCACGUGGAGAUAUCAGCUGCAGAGGCAGAGCGCCUGGGUCCCCUGCAGGUGGCCCGGGUCCUGGCCAAGCUGGCUGAGAAGGAGAAGGUGAACCUGGUGCUGCUGGGCAAGCAGGCUAUUGAUGAUGACUGCAACCAGACAGGGCAGAUGACGGCUGGAUUUCUGGACUGGCCACAGGGCACAUUCGCCUCCCAGCUGACACUGGAAGGGGACAAGUUGAAAGUGGAGCGGGAGAUCGACGGGGGCCUGGAGACGCUGCGCCUGAAGCUGCCGGCCGUGGUGACUGCCGACCUGCGGCUCAAUGAGCCCCGCUACGCCACGCUGCCCAACAUCAUGAAAGCCAAGAAGAAGAAGAUCGAGGUGGUCAAGGUUGGGGACCUGGGCGUGGACCUGACCUCCAAGCUCUCCGUGGUUAGCGUGGAGGACCCGCCCCAGCGCACGGCCGGAGUCAAGGUGGAGACCACGGAGGACCUGGUGGCCAAGCUGAAGGAGAUUGGGCGGAUUUGAGUCCCUUCCCUGAAACUCAGCAAUAAAACUAUGACUCUCCUGACAUC